CUUGUGAUUAGAGGUCGUUAAUUAAACAAAACCCCGACCGACGUUGCCAACCCGGCUUUUGAAUUUUGCUGAUCACAGUCAUUCAUACUAAGAGCUUGUUUAUACUGAAGUAGACAACAUUUUGUUUGAUUUCGGAAUUUUUGCAAGUGUUUUUGAACAAUGUCUGCGACUAAUCAACCCGACAAGACAAAACGGAUAGGGCGGUGGUAUUUCGGCGGGAUUGCUAGUGCUAUGGCCGCGUGCUGCACUCAUCCAGCUGAUCUUAUCAAGGUUCACCUACAGACACAACAGACAGAGAAGGUCAAGGUCACGACUCUAGUCGGCCGUAUCAUUAAGAAUGACGGAGUUCUGGGGAUAUAUAACGGACUAUCCGCCUCCAUCUGUAGGCAGUUGACGUACUCCACUACCCGGUUUGCUAUAUACGAGACGAUAAAGAAACAGCUGACUAAGGAUGGGAGUGUGAUGCCGUUCUACCAGAAGGUUGGCACGGCCGUAGUGUCGGGUGCCAUGGGAGGUUUCGUUGGUACCCCCGCCGACCUCAUCAACGUCAGGAUGCAGAAUGAUGUAAAGCUACCAAAAGAUCAACGAAGAAACUAUAGGAAUGCCUUUCACGGGUUUUACCGAGUGUUUCGGGAAGAGGGGAUUGCCAGGAUGUUCUCUGGUGCCACUAUGGCCAGUUCUAGGGCGAUCUUGGUCACCGUCGGACAGCUGGCAUGCUACGACCAGAUCAAACAGACGCUUAUGGACACAGGGUUCUUCAAAGACAAUGUGUUAACACAUGUAACCAGCAGCGCAGUAGCGGGUACCAUAGCCACGGUGAUUUGUCACCCAGUGGACGUAAUGAAAACUAGGAUGAUGAACGCACCGCCUGGAAAGUACAGUGGUUUAUUUGCAUGUGCAAAAGACAUUGGCAAAAACGGACCAUUAGGAUUUUUUAAGGGAUUCGUCCCCGCCUUCGUGCGAUAUGGACCUCAUACAGUCUUCAUAUUCCUUUUCCUGGAACAGAUACGACAGAACUUCGGGGACGACCCCGAGUAGCCACUAUGACGAAAGCGCUGCUAGUGUCUUCAUAGUUGCGAGUAGUUUCUCGAAACCAAGUACUUCUUAUCUCAUCAAAACACUGAACAUCAAUACUCUAGCUCGUAUUCCAGAAAAUUGAGUUAUUUGAUGAUGUUAUCAUGUUGUCUACAUAUAAGUAUUAAUUUAGGAUUGACUCUUGCUUUGGUCGAUUUCACGGAGUGAUGAAUUGAGUUGGUCUUGGAACAAUUUUUAUGAACUGCGAUUGUCAGUGAAGCACUAUGUUUGCAGAUAUGCAGAUUGAUAAAUCUCAAAUCCCCCGGAAAUACAACACUUCAACGAAGGAUUUUGUAUACAAAUGUGAAAAUAUCACCACAUCAAGUUUCAUACUGAAAUAUAUAGAUGAGUCAAAAAUGAUGUCAGGUUUUGUGUAAAGUUAUUUUCUCGAGAAAUGUGACUUACCAAGUGAUCGAGAAUAUGAAUAGUCGUCCCUUUAGAUGAAAAAAGCAUUGCAAGACAGUAAACGUUAGCUUUGAAAAUGUGACGAUAGUAUAUGUUUGUAAUACGUUAAUGUUUGUAGGUACUUUUGAUUAACUGUAUUUUGUUAUUACAG